GUCAACAUUUUUCACCCCCUCUCGAUAAUCUCCCAGAAAGGCUAAGAUAAAUCCCAAGAAUUUUCACUUAUUGUGAGUUAUAAGUGGGUCAAGCAAUUGAUGAUUGGAUCCCAUGAGUCAAUCGAGUCGGCAAUUUAUCGAGUGAUCUAACGGGUUAAUUCAAUCGACUACCAAUUAAUUUCCCAAAACUUGUGAUUUUUCUCGCACUUUGAACUCGUGAAUCAUGGGCCUAGGCAUUGGUAUCUCGUCAUGAUUGUGACCAUUAGACGUGGAAUUAUUUGACAAUCGAGAUUGUCGGUAGGACAGGGGGAAUGGCACGUGGAAGUGAUAGGUCUUGAGGUACUUACGAUUUGUGGAAAAUAUGAGGAUGGACUCUGGUCGGGUGGCGGGUGGACGCACGAGGGGAUCCAACGACUUCAGGGUCAACAGAUGACUCGAUGAAAUACAGUGGCAAUUACGUGAUUUCAACGAUCGUUGGAAUAUCCGAGGGAGAGAAUAUGGGACAGUCUCACAGUGCUGAUGGAAGGUACAAGCUGAGGAGACCCAGCUUCAAGCAAAUUGCCAUGGGGAAGAGGCGGAUUAAUAACUCGAAAAAUUUGUCGCAUACCUUUUCAUUUCCGGAUGAAGCAAUUAAGCCACAACAAUUGAACAUCAACACAGCUACCGAGGAGGAGCUCAUGACACUGCCUGGUAUAACUCGAAAUAUAGCAGUAAAUAUUGUCAGCCAUAGAAGAUUAAUAGGUAGAUUCAAUAGAAUUGAAGAUGUUGCUCUAGUAUCCGGAGUUGGUGCCCAAAAAUUGGAGAAUAUUAAAUUAGAAGUUUACGUUACAUCAGUCAAUGGCAGUGGCACAUCCUCAAGGGCCUCAACAACAUUAGACUCAAUGGGAAAUACCGAGAGCCCCGUUGAUGUCAACUUGGCGAGUGUUUUUGAUUUGCAGACACUACCUGGUGUCGAUCAGGAAUUGGCAUCGAGAAUUGUUGAGAAACGAGCGAAACAUGGGUGCUACCACUCACUCGACGAAUUAGCUAAAUUACGAGGAAUGGGUAAGCAUCGUUUUGCUAUGCUCAAACCCCAUUUGAAAAUCAACUUGUCGAAUGGUUUGGUGAUGAGGACACCCAGUAAUGACAGUACUUCACCCACGUGGGAUAUGCCUCAGGCAUCGAGCACUCCGAGGCUCAAUAAUAUUGGCAGGAAGACUGGCCGGGUAAAUCGGGACGAAUUGACAGAGCCAAUUGUGCCAGAAACCGACGACAACGACAAACACUUCGAGCUCAGCACAGGAAUAUCCGAAAAAGAGAUAUGGGAAUUACUCAGCAUAGCGAGUCCUCGUCCAAGUCUGCGGUUCGACUGCAUCCACAGGUCAUUCGCAAGGAAAACAGUGAGAAUAGCUUCCUGGAACUUGACGUGCUUCACUGCUGACAAGGCCAGCAAUCCAGGUGUCAUGGAAGUCGUGUGUCGCACUAUUCUGGAGAAUCAGAUAUCGUUGCUGGCUCUCCAGGAAGUCAAGAGUGUCGAGGCACUCGAUAUAUUGACCAGUGAACUUAACACGCCUACUCUGAAGAGAGUCAGGGAUUGGCGUGAGAAUAAGAGAAAGUGGCAGUCGGUGCAUCUUGGCGCUGGGCUUGCUGUAUUGUGGGAUGACAAUCCCAGGAUGAAUAUCAGCCUCAGGGAACAGCCGCCGGCUACCAAAGUAUUUCUCCCUGUUCUUGCCUCUAUGAUAUUCCAUAUAAAUAAAAUUGACUUGACCAUAAUAAACGUCCAGAUGCACGGGCCUGACGACAUGAAGAUAAUUGAAAGAUUUUUAGACUCCAAAAAUUCAAUAUUUCUCGGGGAUUUUUCGUGGACAGACGACACGACAAAUUGCAGUGGCAAUAACAUCAUGAUAGACACCAACACAGCUGUCAAUUCGGACAAGUAUUUCUACAAGGAUAGGAUAAUAUGGCGGGAGGAUUCAACUCAAUUAUUCGACACUGGGCUGCAUCGAGUGGUGAGACAGGGGCUCAUGCACUUGGGAAUACCUCAGGGAUGGAGAUGGGGUGGUCCAGCUUCUGAUCAUUGUCCAGUUUGGUGUGAAAUAUUUACAGAGCCCAGCGAAAUGUGAUACUUCCAUUCGUCUAUUCCCUCUCGAAAACUGGAAUUUUAUUUUUACCCUCUAUUUUUAUCGAGAGGAAAGUUAUACUUACGAUGGUUUUUUAUUUUUACUUCCAAUUUCUCUGGAUUCCUCGGGCUUCAUUCGGUGAAAAGUGCAGUAUUCAAACGGCUAUUUCAGGUUGAUCAUGUUUUCUGAUUAAGCAUUAUUUAUUUAUUCACGUCUGCAAAGCAGAAAUGAAAAAAAAAAUUCACAUUUCGUUUAGAGUGAAAAUGAAACAGUAUUUGACAGAGUAUUUUUAUGAAUCGAAAUGUUGAAAUACGAACAUUUGGUCAAUUGAGGAAAAAUGCGUUGUCAAACAAGUCUUGUUUGGGCCAACAAAAUCGCUAGUUGAAAAUUGCCAAAAAAGAAUUUGUUUCGUUGGAAUUUGAAAGUCUCAAACAUGAAUAAUUGUUCUGCUUUCGACAGCAACGAAAUAUUUGGCUCUAGAGGCGGAUAAUUCCCACCAGACGGUGCCCUUUCAGGAUGAAAAUAUCUCAUACAGAGGAAAAUUUAUCAACAAAUAUUUUAUCCCUAAGUUACAAGA